AGACUACAAAUUAAAGCAACAUCAAGUACCAUAUAUAUAUAAAAGUAAUCCCAUGGCAGAUAAGUAGCUUCCAUUCCAUCCAGGCACGUAGGAAAGAGAUCCAGAUAAUGGAGAAGAAGAGCAAGGUGCUGAUAGUAGGGGGAACUGGGUACCUCGGAAAGAGGUUGGUGAAGGCAAGUUUAAGCCUGGGUCAUGAAACAUACGUAUUUCAUAGAGCAGAGAUUGGUGUUGAUAUUGACAAAGUCCAAAUGCUACUGUCGUUCAAGAAGAAAGGAUGCCACCUUGUGCAGGGUUCUUUUGAUGACCAUAAGAGCCUUGUGGAUGCUGUGAAGUUAGUUGAUGUUGUCAUUUGUGCUAUUUCUGGUGUUCAUAUUAGGAGCCACCAGAUCCUCCUUCAGCUCAAGCUUGUUCAAGCUAUUAAAGAAGCUGGAAAUGUUAAGAGGUUUUUGCCGUCAGAAUUUGGAACCGACCCAGCAAGAAUGGAGAAUGCAAUGGAACCUGGAAGAGUAACGUUCGAUGAUAAAAUGGUGAUAAGAAGAGCAAUAGAAGAAGCUGAGAUUCCACACACCUACGUUUCUGCAAACUGCUUCGCCGGAUACUUCCUUGGCGGCCUGUGUCAGCCGGGCCAUAUCAUUCCUUCAGAGGAUCACGUCACUUUACUUGGAGAUGCCAAUCAGAAGGCCAUUUAUGUUGAAGAAGACGAUAUAGCCAUUUACACUUUGAAGACCAUUGACGAUCCUCGUACUCUGAACAAGACAUUGUACAUUAGGCCUUCCGAAAACAUACUGUCUCAAAGAGAAGUCGUGGAGACGUGGGAGAGACUCAUUGGGAAAGAGUUGCACAAGUCCACAAUCCCCAAGGAUGUGUUUCUUGAAUCCAUCAAAGGGCAAGACUACGCCGAGCAAGUUGGGUUGACACAUUAUUAUCAUGUCUGUUACGAGGGAUGUCUUGCAAAUUUUGAGAUAGGUGAAGAAGGAGAAGAAGCUACUGGGCUUUAUCCAGAAGUCAAGUACACCACCGUGGAAGAAUAUUUGACCCGAUAUUUAUAACUCAGAAGUUUAUCGAAUUCAUAAAGAUGAUGGAUGUGUGUUUUGUUUUAAUAUAAAUUCUGAAUUCUCUCUCUACAGUCGUGAAACUAGGAGGGAAGAGACACCUCUAUCCCCUUAUCCAAUAAAAUUUACAUUAUUGCCCUCU